AUGUUCGUUCCCAAAGCUGGUGGCCGCAAUACUCGUCGACGCCAGAGAACAAGCUCAGAUGACUCUGUCAAGCCACCAAAGGCGAAGAGACAGCGCUCAGUCCUGCGACGCCCUGAUGAAUCCCCUUCCGAUACCAACUUGGGACGUGAGCUCGCAAAACGAGCAACACCCACUCCCGCAAAUGUGGACAUCACCCCUGCGGAUCAAAUCAAAAACGAGUCGCAACUUGUAUUCCGGACUGUGAAGCAAGGCGAUGGCCCUGGAAACAACAAUGAGGGGGCAAUUGUUCUAUCAAGUACCGAUUUUUACACCGUCGAUCAACUUCCGGCUUUGCCAGAUCAAAUUCGAGGUUUGCAAUCAGAACCUCUCAAGUGCUUUUUCGGACCCGGCCAUGAUUACGCAUUGGCUUUGACACGUUCACACGCCAUUGUGUGGCCCUAUUCAGCUCCAGCUUCGUCCCCAUCCCCAUCGGACACGUUCACGGUAUCUAUCCCGGAGUCUUGCAGAGAUCCUAAGGGCGCAGUCCCUCUCGGAGUUCUAUUAUCCACAGCGACAGGAGGUCACCCGGGCCUCUUAGUGAUCAUUCCUUCUACAGGAAAGGUCGUUUACUGGGAGACUGUGUCUAGCGCUGCAUCACUAGGGUUAUCACGACAAAAGCAGAAUGGUAUACAAGGAACCACUCCUGGCAUGCUUUCCGGUGAGUAUGCUACGGAAAUAUUGAACGCAGAGCCUUCUGGUAUCAUUGCCACAUUCUCCUCCGGACGAGUAGCACACAUCACUCUAAGGGACCCGCAGGGAAAGCCUUCGGUGAUCGUCAACUUCCUCAGAAGUAAUGCAGGAACUGGUGGUGGUAUCUUUGGGGGAAUCAAGAACGUUUUCGCAGGCAGUUACUGGAGAAAGGAGGUCACUGCCGUUCGUGCCGGUGGUUCUCACCAAAGAGGCCAGCGAGAUGUGAUCAUUGCAACUUCGACCGGACUGGUUGAAAUAUGGGAUACCCAUUGGAACCACGGGAACAACCUCAAAAAGCGAUACGAUGUCAAGGACGCAAUUUUGGCGGCCCUCCCUGAACACCAUGCGAAGUCUACGAAUGAUACAGAGCUCAAAAUUGUGGACUUUGCGUUUUCUGCCUUACAGUCUUCCGACGACGCUGUUCAACUCUCUGAUGGUUCCUGGCGACUGUUUUUGGUCGUCAAGUCACCUCAAUGGUCCGAAACCAGAGCGCUUUUCGUAGUUCAAGUUCUCUUGUCCGGAAAUAACUCUCGUGUUAUCUCAACGCAUGCCGUUGACGUUCAACAUAUUCCUGCCCCUAUGCUCGAAAACUCGAAACCCAAGAUAUUUGUGCCAAAACCCGAACAAACUGCCUUUGUCCUUAUUGGUCAGUCUCUUGUUAUAUUGUCAUUGGCAAACAUUGAAGAAACUCCAUCUUCACAACUGCUCCUUGAUUCAAAUAAGUUGCCCAUGCCUUUCCAAGACACUAUCCACCUUCGAUCUGGCACAGAUUACGAAAUAUUGGGAACGACAUCAGAGGACCAGUCGAGUGAUUCGGCGUCCGCAGCGUGUGUGCUUAUGCUUCGGAAUUUCGGUGUCAUUCGUGUCACAGUACUUCCACGCCCCGAAGCUGAAGUUGAUGAGCCUCAAGUUACAGCGAAACACAAGCUUGAGCAGGCUGUCUUCUUCGGCACUAUGGCGAAGAAUCCAUUGAACUUAUCUAGUGAAGGGGACUUGAAUUUCCCUCCAUCGGAAAUGGAGCAAGCAGCAUUGGAAAUCUGCAAGGAACUCCUCACAUCCGAAGCACGCUUCAUUCCCACCACUGCUAUCUCACUGGAGCAAAAUCUCCGACUGAGGGCAAAGGCAUUGGAUGAUCUUGCCUCAUUGCUGUCACGCAAAGGCAAUCCAUUAAGCCGACCGGCAAAGUGGGAGUUGCUUUGGGCCGCGGAAAAAAUCGCAGCCCAAAGAGCCAUGUGGAAGAUUCAAGAGUCCUGCAAGACCAAGAGUGGAGAUGAAGAGUCUUUCCUUGGUCAUCUCAUCAAAUCCAUGAACGAUAAAUUCAAGACCCCGAUUAACCCGCAACAUGGGGAGACUGAUCCAGUGCGUCAAUGGUUUUUAAGAGACUCCUACCGCAUGGAGCAUGUCAUCCCAUGGAUCAAGAAUGCAAUCAAGCUUGGUCGGAGCAACUCUCCCAGCCCUGCGCGCGCAUUGUCAGAACAAAUACUGGCGGCUAGUGAGCUUUUCCUGGCAGUCACCGAAACUGCUUUCAGAUAUCGAGAUGAACACAUUGCACUUUAUGGUCUUCACGAAGACUUCCUCGAGGAUGGAGUGCUUUCCGAUGGAUAUGAGGAUCUUCCUGAGUUCUGGACUUCGAGAGGUGUCGGUUACUCUGAAGCAGGGCAUUUACUUGAUCUAGAAUUGGAUAGUUGCCGAUCAUGGAUAACUCCAGUGUCAAGUGCAGAUGUCCCAGAUACACCAGUUCUGAAUCAAGUUGCCAAGAACAGCUACCGACAUCUUCGCGUUAUCGGUCAAAUGCAUCGUGAACGCACUCGAUGGCUCUCUGCGCAAGGUGAUCCGAAACUAAUGGACGAGAGUGUCUCGAUUGAGCAGUCACAUGUUGAAGACCGCAAGUGGCAGCUCUUUAAGCUAGCUGGUAUCGAUCAUCUUGCUGAUGCUAUCGAGUUGGCAGAAGGCUUCCGAGAUAUGGGCGCGUUAGUCGAAUUGAUCAUUGAGCUUCAGGAUCAGAAGGCAAGCCAACAACGGCUCCCGGAACCUUCUAGUCAAAAUGAUAUUGAUGCAGAUCAAUUGAUCGCUAAGUAUUUCGACAAAUUCGGUGAUCAAUGGGCAGAUGCCUUUUUCGUCCGGCAAAUAGCGAUGGGUUACCCUGGAACGCUUUUCACGAUGCCAGAUUAUCAACUUGCUGUGACUAAAUUUCUUCGAAGGAACCCCUCAUAUUCUCGCCUGAGCUGGAUCAAUGAUGUAUCUGGUGAGAACGAUUAUGAAAGUGCCGCGGCAUCGUUGGAGAAUUUGGCCAUUAGCAGUGAAAAGGACUUGUGGAGCCACCGUGUAGAGAUCUCGCUGGCCAAGCUAGGCAAAUUGGCGACGCAGGAGCGAAUGAGUUCGCAGGCUGCAACUGCUACUUUGCAAGAGGAUGUGAAACGUCUCGAAGAUUACGUUGAAGUCGAUGGAGUCCAAGACAUUUUGUACGGACACAUUCAGCAUGUUUUGGAGGCUGCCAUUGACCGAAAGGCCGAGGUUGACCUGGCGCUCAGUCACUACGGAGGUCAUCUUGUCGAAGAUCGGCCAUCGCUCCAUGAAAUCUUUAGCGAUGCACUCUCUACCUUGAUCAACAGGGAGGUCGUCGGUGCUGACGGCCUGAUUGAUCUUCUGACUUUGAUGGGCCCCGAUCAAGCUGUAGAUGAUGGAGAGAGUGGACUCCCUAUCCGAAGCGAAUUCCAUCUCGCUUUGCAAGCUCUUCAUUAUGGUCGUUAUGGCCAACGAGACCCAUCCUACCUCAUGGCUUUACAACGAUUGAUCUGGCGACGCUGCAUGAUCAAGGAUGAUUGGGUAGCUCGGGGGAAGCUUGCCGAAGGAGCCAACGGCAAUACAGACUUAACAAUCGCUGAUACUGCACUCUACCGGUCACUAACUGCGUGCUUGGAAGAAUCCCGAAAUGCUGCUCCUCACUCUAUCUACACUCCACUCACUCCUACGGAGGCUCUGAUGGCUGACUCCGAUUCCGAUAUUCUCGUCUCACGAUUCCGCUCAGAGCAAAGAUCUCGUGUGGCUCUCGAUCUCCAGACCGAGAAUGAUUGGUUGCGUCAAUGCAUUGAGGUCGGAAAACUCGAUUUCUGGUUCCAAAACCUUCGGGAAACUGCAGAGGUCCAGACCUCGACCUCCUAA